UUAAAUGUUUGACAUGUAAACUGUCUUAAAUACUAUAUACUGGUACCAAUAUAAGAAUGCCAUAUGAAAUACCUUGAUGUCAUGAAUCUAAAGGAAUAAAUACGUAAUGUACAGAUAUGGACUGAUAGACUACAAGAUUAUAUGUUCAGUUAGAUAUUUGGAUGUCAUAACUAAAAAGUGAUGUCAGGACUUAAAUGAAGUGUUAAUAUCAGAAGAGACCAAGAACGCAUUAACCUACAGUCAACAUUUUGAAGGCGUAAUGAUAAAUGAUUCAUACUAAGGCAGAUCAAGUUAGACAGCCUUUGGGCAAACAUGUAGAUGACAUCAGAAUGCAACUUUAUCAAACAAAAAACAUUCACACUGUUAGAUUACAUAAUAAGCUACUGAGAAUGUGUAUAACUCAAGUUUGAGAUCUUCAGAAUGAGAGAUAAAAAGCAUGCCUGUUAUGUCCUAAUAGUUAUAAGUACAAUAAGUUACAUAGUGUACUUGGUCGCAGUUUCAUAUUCCAAAGUUCCAUUGAUGGAGUUCUCAACAACUUGUGGACUCAAACCAAAAGAUAAUAACACUGGCCCCUGUUCUAAUGUGUUAGAAGCACUCACCAAAGGCUCUUGGAAACUAAAAAAUGAUCUAAGUGAAAAAGAUGUUGUGGAAUUGGAUAUUCGCAAAGCAUUAAAAUCUAAGCAUAUUAGUCUCCAAAGAGAUGAUGACCAAUGUGGUAAUACACACUUAUACACCGAAACAUACUUUCAAACAUUAUUCAAUACGAGACCUGUGAAUUUCCGAGCUUUGUGUGAUCCAGAUGGUCCAAAACCAUGUUGCUAUGACAACAUAUGUAUGGAUAAAUCAACCCUUGAGUGCCAAUGUGACAGAUGUUAUGAUCUGCGUCAAGAAAUUCAUGCUGAGUUAGCAGAUUGGGUACCAGACAACAACCAGUGUCAAGUACAGGAGUUCAACCCUCAGGAAGCCUGUGAUGUCAUAACAAAGCGGUUCAACCAUAUCGUUGUCAUGGGAGAUUCAUUGAUGAGACAUGUCAUGGCUGGGCUAUUGAUAUUGCUUAGACAAGGACCUGGAGCAGAUAGUCUAUUGCAUCCAAAUACUCCCAAAGAAAUAAAGCAAGUGUGUACCAAAUAUUACCAAUUACUUCAUAAACAAUGCAAUAACGAAUACAUUUGGAAGUCAGCUACGCUCUGCAAUGGAAAUCUCAAACUCACAUUGGCAGAACUUUAUUCAAUUGAUGUCUUCAAAAAGCAGAAGGGGACCAUUUCAGAACUGGACCUUGAUGAGAAAAGCUUGAUAAUAAUGGGUGCUGGGUUACAUGAUGACCUCAAUUCUCAAUAUAUGAUCAAUGAUUAUAUAAAGCCAGCCCUGAAUGAGAUAUAUAAAGAAAGAACAAAAUUAGAUGAAGCAGAUUCAAAUAACCCAGUGCUAACAAGACAUAAACAUUAUCCUUCUUCAGUUCUACCUCAAUUAACAAAUACUGGAUCUUCCAAUGGCAAUAAACAUUAUACUGAUAAUGACGAAAAUGAUCUGAGUUCGAGUAAACGUCCGAGUGUUUUAUGGUCUGGCAUUCAUCGACCUGGUCUUCUGAAAUCUCUUCAUCUUGUUCAACAAGAUGUUUUCCAUGUACUGCAGUAUAAUAAAGACAUCAAGGAAUUCCUAGGAAAAUACUGCAUACCCAUAUUGAACAAUGAACACUUGUCCGAUGGAGUGUUCAGUAUUGAUGGUACCCAUUAUGGAUAUGGAGUUAAUGUACUCAAAGCUAAAAUAAUUGUGAACUAUAUUAGCUCACUAAAUGUUGAUGGUUGAUGUAGAAUAGCAAGAUGCUGA